AUGACGUGGCCGGCUGGCCACCGCCGGCUCAUGGCCACGGGCACGUCGUCGUCGUUGUCCCCGGCGCCGUCGGGGACUGACGAGGCAGGUGCAGGAGGGCGGGGCUCGAGCCAGGACGCGAUGAAGAUCAUGGUGUCCGUGCUGGUGGUGGUCAUCUUCUGCACCCUCUUCUACUGUAUCUACUGCUGGCGCUGGCGGAAGCGCAACGCUGUGAGGAAAUCGCUGCUCCAGAGCCUGCGGCCCAGGUCGAGCUCGGACCUGCCGCUCAUGGACCUGGCCUCCAUCCACGCCGCCACCAACAACUUCUCCAAGGCCAACAAGCUCGGCGAGGGCGGCUUCGGCCCUGUCUACAGGGGGGAGCUUGCCGGCGGCUCGGAGAUCGCCGUGAAGCGGCUGUCGGAGCGGUCGCGGCAGGGCGCGGCGGAGUUCAGGAACGAGGUGGAGCUGAUCGCCAAGCUGCAGCACCGCAACCUGGUGCGGCUGCUGGGCUGGUGCGCCGAGCGCGACGAGAAGCUGCUCGUCUACGAGUACCUCCCCAACCGCAGCCUCGACGCCUUCCUCUUCGACGCUAGCAAGAGCGCGCAGCUGGACUGGAAGACGAGGCACAGCAUCAUCCUCGGCGUCGCCCGUGGGCUGCUCUACCUCCACGAGGACUCGCUGCUCAAGGUCGUUCACCGGGAUCUCAAGGCAAGCAACGUCCUCCUCGACAACAAGAUGAACCCCAAGAUCUCCGACUUCGGCAUGGCCAAGAUCUUCGAGGACGAGUGCAACGAGGUCAACACCGGACGCGUCGUCGGAACAUAUGGGUACAUGGCGCCGGAGUUCGUCAUGGACGGCGUCUUCUCGGUGAAGUCCGACGUGUUCAGCUUCGGGGUGCUGCUGAUAGAGAUCCUCGGCGGGAAGCGGAACGGCGCGCUGUACCUGGAGGAGCACGAACAGACCCUCAUCCAAGACGCGUGGAAGCUGUGGACUGAAGACAAGGCACCGGAGUUCAUGGACCCGGCGCUGGGGCGGUGCUACCCCAAGGAGGAGGCGUGGCGGUGCUACCACGUCGGCCUCCUCUGCGUGCAGGACGACCCGGACCUCCGGCCGACCAUGUCCAGCGUCCUGCUCAUGCUCAUAAGCGACCACAUGAACCUCCCUGCGCCGGCGAGGCCGCCGAUGUUCACCAGGCUCAGGACCUUCCCGGCCUCCAUGAUCCCCUUCUCCACCAGGACCGAGUCCACCUAUUCGCCCCAGUCCAUCAACGACGUCUCCAUCACCGUCAUCGAGCCACGAUAAGCAGAUGAGAUUGUUUCUUCCUGCCGCGCACGCUAGGUGUUUUGUUGUGUACAUACUAGCCGAGUGAAAUGUCUGUUGACGGCCGGCCGACGAUGGAUUUUUGUAGUUGUCGAUGUCCAAGUACGAACAGUUCGUACCACGGUGAACAUUGUGAGUGCAUGCAGAUGGUGACAAGGCGAAAUCCAUGAUUGUGUACAGUGAUUAUCUUUGUUUACAACGUGACAAAGCAAUAAUUUUUGGCA